AUGUCGUUCGACCAGCUAUCGUCCCUUGAGUCGCAGCCGCGACGGGGCAACAACACCGAGUACUCCGAUGACCCGGAGUUUGAGCGCUUAUCGCAAGACUUGAUGAACAAGCUCUUCACAAUCACCGGCAACGUUUCACGACUUCAGACAGAGAUUGGACACCUCGGAACCCGGAGAGACACCGCUAGAGUACGGGAGCGCGUGCAUGACUUGCUAGAGGAAUCGCGCGACCUGUUCAAGGAGGUCGGCGAGGGUGUCAAGAAGAUCCAGACAUGGGAAGACGUUACGCCGACGCAAAAGUACAAGCAACAGAAGCUCUCGCGCGAGUUCCAAUCUUCCUUGUCCGAGUUCCAGAAUCUCCAGCGGCAAGCUCUUGAGAAGCAGCGAGCCUCCGUAUCAGCUGCGCGUGCGGCGAUUGACGAGGAAGGCGGAGCGGCGGUCCCAGCAGAGAGCUUAGAGCAACAACAACAACAGGAGCUUGCCCGGCUCGCCCCGCAGGAUGAGGUGGACUUCCAAGAUGCACUGAUCGUCGAACGAGAAGAGGAGAUUCGCAAUAUCGAGCAGGGUGUUGGCGAUCUCAACGUGCUGUUCCAGCAAGUUGCGACGAUCGUAACCGAGCAAGGCGAGCAGUUGGACAGCAUUGCCGAUAAUGUCGAGAACGUCCGGACGGACACCCGAGGUGCGGACUACGAGUUACGGGCGGCAGCACGGUAUCAGAGGAAUGCUCGGAGCAAGGCAUGCUGUCUGCUCCUGAUCCUGGCGGUGAUUCUCACGAUUAUCCUGCUGGCCAUCUUCCUCGGGUAG